AGUACUUGGGCUGUCCUUCUUGAGAAUCAAGCAAGAAAAGCUCUAGUAAUGGUAAAGUUAAAAAAAAAAAAAAAAAAACUGCAGAAAGGGAAUUUAUGCAUAUUAUAUUACAUAUGAAGAAAAAAAAAAAGAUUAGUAAACUAAUACUCAAUAGUCAUAAAAGAUAACAUUUUAAAAUUGUAGAGAAGUAGGGGUAGGGCUACUUCCCACGUGAAAACCACAAGGGCAUGAACUCUGUCUCUCUGGUUUUCAAACCCUUAUAAGAUAGCUUGAACCCAAAACAUGCCUCAUACUCCUAAAAAAAAUUAUCAAUAAUAUCCUUUCAUCUCUCAAUUAAAUAUUAUCUCCCAAUCUCAUACAAAUCCAAGAAAGUUCAGUUUGAUCAUGGAAUUUUUCCACACCCCAAACCAUAAACACUCAUUUCAGCACAACAAAAAGAGGCUAACCCAAGAGCAAGUCAAUCUCCUAGAGAGAAGCUUCACAUCCAACAACAAGCUCGAGCCCGAGCGCAAGCUUCUGCUGGCCAAGCAGCUGGGAAUCCCACCUCGACAGGUUGCGAUUUGGUACCAGAACAAGCGUGCCCGGUGGAAGACUCGGAGCCUUGAGCUUGACUACAAUGCAAUCCAAGCAAAGCUGGAGACUGCCUUAGCUGAAAAGAGGAGGCUGGAGAAAGAUGUUGAGAGGCUUGGAGAGGAGCUGAAGAAGGCUCAUGACUUGGUGUUGGUAUUGAACCAAACACAAGAAUUGCCUGCUCAUCCUGUGAUUUGCUCAAUGUUUAAUUCUUCUUCUGCUGAAGAGGGUGUUGGGAGCUCCAGCCUGCAACAACAUGAAGAUCAAGUGAGUGAUCAUGAGGUUAAACAGCUUGAGGAGCUCUAUGCUUGUUUGAUAGGCAUGCAGUGAUGGGUUUAAUUGAUAUAUGCUGGGGUUAUAUAUAUAUAUAUACUUCUGAUUCUGGAGGACAAUAAUUCUGACCCUUUUUUCCUUUUUCUGUUUCUGGUUUUUAAUUUUGAUGGCGUUAGAAUUUCUUUUUCAAUUCAUAUGCAUAUGGGUGAGUACCAAGGAAAACUUACCUAUAAGAAGGAUAUUACUGUGUGGCGCUAUCCAAGUCAAUCAUUCAUUGUCAUGUAUUUUAAUUUUCCGACAUGACAAUGCAACUUUCCGGCACAACAAUGCUUAAUAACUUGGAAUACCGCCACAGUGAC